AUGAAGGCCUCUCUUCUUAGCACGCUGCUCGCGCUGUCUUCAGUGACAUCGGGAUGUCUUCUCCCCGAAGAGCGCGAGGGCGGUGAAAUGAGGACAGUUGUCCGUCGUCAAACGAGCAAUGGAACCCCCAUUGGCACCGGCGAUAGAUUCAGUGCCGGAGCAACAGCCCCACGAGGACUGGGAACGCAAUCCAGCGCCUCCUUCAGCACGCUCCUGAACGUCGCCGAGAUCAAGAGCGGUCUGCAAGGCCUCGCCAGCACGUACGGAAUCACAACGUUUGAGACCCCGUACAAGACUUACCAAGGCGCCACUGUGCUCGGAGCCAAGGUUGGGGGCACCGGAGGCACCUGCAACAACGCCUACCGUGUCUUCUUCAACGGCAACAUCCACGCUCGAGAGCGCGGAUCCAUGGACAGCGUGCUGUACUUUAUCUCGGAUCUGCUGUACGCCAACAAGAACAACGUUGGCCUUACGUACGGAACCAAGACGUAUACUAAUGCGCAAGUCAAGACCGCCUUGUCUGCCGGAAUUGUCUUUAUUCCGCUGAGCAACCCCGACGGAGUUGCCUACGAUCAGUCGUCCAACAGCUGCUGGCGAAAGAACCGCAACCCCAACUCGGGCGGAUCCGUGGGCGUGGAUCUGAACCGCAACUUCGACUUCCUCUGGGACUUUAAGAACCUCUUUGCGUCCAGCGUGCAGUCCAGCGUCGCCUCCACCUCGACCAGCUCUGAGACGUACCACGGAACCAGCGCCUUCUCCGAGCCCGAGACCAAGAACAUCAAGUGGGUAUUUGAUACCUACUCCAAGGUCCGUUGGUUCGUUGACCUGCACUCGUACGCAGGCGACGUGCUCUACAGCUGGGGCAGUGACGACAACCAGUCCAGGUACCCGUAUAUGAACUUUCUCAACAGCACUUACAACAGUGUCCGCGGGGUCCUUUCCGACACGCCCGGUUCGGGCAGAGGCUACGGCGAGUAUACGCCUCAAGCCGAGAGCGACGCCAAUAUCGGCGCAGCUAACCGUAUGGUUUCCGCCAUGUCUGCGGGAGGCGGCCGUUCUUACACGGCUAUGCAAGCAUCCGAUCUGUAUCCCACAUCCGGUGCUAGCGACGAUUACGCCUACUCGCGCCACUUUGCGGACACCAGCAAGAAUCUUGUUCACGCAUACACGGUAGAGUUUGGUUUCGGCAACAGCGCGGCGUCCUGCCCGUUCUAUCCUACGGUUGCUCAGUACAACUCCAACCUCAAGGCAACCAGUGCUGGUUUCAUGGAGUUGUUGUUGGCUGCCGUUGACCUGGGACUUGGUGAUGCGCAAACAUGUUAA